GAAGGAGUGUUACAUCGGAUGUGAAAGCGUGUGUGGUCCUCAGCCUUAUCUGAAUUUUUGGUAGCUACAAAAGUAAAAGUGGCUUUUGGACUUUACAUGAAAGAUUUUCUAACAUUACAUUAUCCCAUUCCUCCGUCGUCCCUUUUCGUAAUACUGGCUAAGAGACGGAAAUUAUGAGCUACUGUCUCCUGGACGCUUCUCUGCGGUGAAAAAGCAUUUAAAGAGUAGCAGCAAGGAGUACUCUAGCCCGGGGAUAGAAGGCCUCUAACCGAGGGUACCAAGGAUGUCGGAUUCAGACAGUGAUGAAGACCAGGACCGUCCAUUCUCCCUCACUGGUUUCCUGUUUGGUAACAUCAACGAAGAUGGGCAACUGGAAGAUGACAGUGUUCUGGACACUGAGUCUAAGAAGCACCUGGCUGGCCUGGGCUCCUUGGGUUUGGGCACACUCCUCACAGAAAUCACUGCCAGCGAGGAGGAUGUAGCUGAGGGGGAGAAGGACCCCAGCGGCACUGACGCAGAGGGCUGGGUGAAGAGCACGGAGGAUGCGGUGGAUUACUCGGACAUUAGUGAGGUGGCUGAGGAUGAAACCCGCAAAUACCGGCAGGCAAUGGGAAACCUGCAGGCCUCCAGGAGGACAGAUGAUGAGGAUGACUAUGAUGCUGACUGUGAAGACAUAGAUGCCAAACUAAUGCCCCCACCACCCCCACCGACUCUACCACUGGCAGGAAAGAAAGAGGAGCCCUCCACUCAGGCUACGAGCGUGGGGGAUGAAGGUGAUGGGAUCAUCCUGCCGUCCAUCAUUGCCCCUUCAUCGCUGGGGGACAAAGUGGACUUCAGCAGCUCCUCUGACUCUGAGUCUGAGACGGAUCGGCCUACCCAGGGGUCUGGAGUCGGUGGGCCACCGGGUAGCUUGACCCUGCCGCUGGCGGGGAUCAUGCAGAAGGAUGCAGCCAAAGCCCUCCCUGGCGUCACUGAGCUCUUCCCUGAAUUCAGGCCUGGCAAGGUUCUCCGCUUCCUGCGCCUGUUUGGCCCGGGGAAGAACAUGCCGUCCGUGUGGCGCAGCGCGCGUCGGAAGCGCAAACGGAAGCACCGGGACCCGCAGCCCGGGACGCCCCCGCCCGAAGCUGAGCAGGCGGAGCAAGGGCCUGACAAGAAAUCGGGCUGGGAUUACGAGUACGCCCUGCCCCCACCCCCGGAGCAGUGUCUGUCGGAUGAUGAGAUCACCAUGAUGGCCCCAGUGGAGUCCAAGUUCUCCCAGGUGGCUGGUGAUGGAGACAAGGUGGCCGAGUCCAGGCCCAAAGUGGCGGAAUGGCGCUACGGGCCGGCGCAGCUGUGGUACGACAUGCUGGGAGUGCCGGAAGAUGGCAGCGGCUUCCACUAUGGCUUCCGUCUCAAGGAGGAGCAGCCGGGGGGGCAGGAGCCACAGCCCACAUCCUCUCAAGAGGAGAGUGAAGAGGGACAGGCAGGUGCAGACCUGGAGGAUGAGCUCUUCUUAAUGGUGACUCAACUGCAAUGGGAAGAUGACAUUAUCUGGAAUGGGGAGGAUAUCAAGCACAAGGGCACUAAGACCCAGCGCGCUAGUCUGGCUGGCUGGCUGCCUUCCAGCAUGACCCGCAAUGCCAAUGCGUACAAUGCUCAGCAGGGUCUGAGCCGCAGUAACUCCCAGCUGGUGCCCCCAACCCCUCCUCCCAUGCCCAAAGUCCCGGCCCUUGGCUCUGGAUCUAGCAAGAGGGACAAACACAACCUGGAUCAACAAGCUUCUCAUGAGGAUGACUCUCCCUGGUUCUCCAUCUUCCCCAUUGACAAUGAGGAGCUGGUCUAUGGCCGCUGGGAGGACAACAUCAUCUGGGACGACCAGGCCAUGGAGCGCAUGCUGUCGCCUCCCGUCCUCACCUUGGACCCUAAUGAUGAAAACAUCAUUUUGGAAAUCCCAGAUGAGAAGGAGGAGCGGACAUCACACUCUCCCUCUAAGGAGAACAAGAAGGAAUCUGCUUUGAAGAAGAGUCGUAUUCUGCUGGGGAAAACUGGGGUGAUCAAAGACGAGCCCCAGCAGAACAUGUCCCAGCCAGAAGUUAAGGACCCCUGGAACCUCUCUAAUGAUGAGUUCUACUACCCGAAACAGCAGGGUCUAAGGGGGACCUUUGGGGGUAACAUCAUCCAGCACUCUAUCCCUGCAGUGGAGCUGAGGCAGCCAUUCUUCCCCACACACAUGGGCCCCAUGAAACUGAGGCAGUUCCACCGGCCCACACUCAAGAAGUACUCCUUCGGAGCGCUGUCCCAGCCAGGGCCCCACCCUGCACAGCCCCUCCUCAAACACAUUAAGAAGAAGGCAAAGAUGAGGGAGCAGGAGAGGCAGGCCUCUGGUGGGGGGGACAUGUUCUUCAUGCGCACAGCGCAGGACCUGACGGGCAAAGACGGGGAUCUUAUCCUGGCCGAGUACAGUGAGGAGUUCCCCCCUCUCAUCAUGCAAGUUGGCAUGGCAACCAAAAUCAAGAACUAUUACAAGAGGAAACCCGGCAAGGAUCCUGGAGCUCCAGACUGUAAAUAUGGAGAGACCGUGUACUGCCACACAUCCCCUUUCCUGGGGUCCCUACACCCAGGCCAGCUGCUGCAGGCGUUUGAAAACAACCUGUUCCGAGCCCCGAUUUACCUGCACAAGGUCGCAGAGACAGACUUCCUGGUCCUGCGAACGCGGCAGGGUUACUACAUCCGUGAGGUGGUGGACAUCUUUGUGGUGGGCCAGGAGUGCCCUCUUUUUGAGGUGCCUGGGCCCAACUCCAAACGUGCCAACACACACAUCCGAGACUUCCUGCAGGUGUUCAUCUACCGCCUUUUCUGGAAGAGUAAGGACCGGCCCCGGCGAAUCCGUAUGGAAGACAUUAAAAAGGCCUUCCCGUCACACUCUGAAAGCAGCAUUCGCAAAAGGCUCAAACUGUGCGCCGACUUCAAGCGCACAGGAAUGGAUUCUAACUGGUGGGUCCUGAAGCCGGAUUUCAGGCUGCCGACAGAAGAGGAAAUCCGCGCCAUGGUCUCCCCAGAGCAGUGUUGCUCCUACUACAGCAUGCUGGUGGCAGAACAGCGACUUAAGGAUGCUGGAUAUGGAGAGAAGUCCUUUUUUGCCCCUGAGGAGGAGAACGAGGAAGACUUCCAGAUGAAGAUCGACGAUGAGGUGCGCACAGCUCCGUGGAACACCACGCGGGCCUUCAUCGCUGCCAUGAAGGGGAAGUGUCUGCUGGAGGUGACGGGCGUGGCCGACCCCACAGGCUGCGGGGAGGGUUUCUCCUACGUCAAAGUUCCCAACAAACCCACGCAGCAGAAGGAUGACAGGGAGCCCCAGCCAGCUAAGAAAACUGUGACAGGGACAGAUGCUGACCUGAGACGUCUGUCCCUUAAGAAUGCCAAGCAGCUGCUGCGCAAAUUCGGGGUGCCAGAGGAGGAGAUUAAGAAGCUGUCCCGCUGGGAGGUGAUCGACGUGGUGCGCACCAUGUCCACGGAGCAGGCUCGCUCCGGAGAGGGCCCGAUGAGCAAGUUCGCCCGUGGCUCCCGCUUUUCUGUGGCGGAACACCAGGAGCGCUACAAGGAGGAGUGCCAGAGGAUCUUUGACCUGCAGAAUAAGGUGCUGGAGUCGACCGAGGUCCUCUCCACAGACACUGACAGCAGCUCGGCGGAGGACAGCGACUUCGAGGAGAUGGGCAAGAACAUUGAGAAUAUGCUGCAGAACAAGAAGACCAGCUCCCAGCUCUCCCGUGAGAGGGAGGAGCAGGAGAGGAAGGAGCUGCAGAGGAUGCUCAUGGGAGAGGAGAGCGACCGGGACAAGGGGCGCAAGGAUCGCCGCAAGGGCUUCUCCAGCGCCCUCUCUACGGGCUCCCACAAGGACGAUGACGCCUCCUCCGUUACGAGCCUCAACUCCUCGGCCACCGGGCGGCGCCUCAAAAUCUACCGCACCUUCCGGGACGAAGAGGGCAAGGAGUACGUGCGCUGCGAAACGGUCCGCAAGCCCGCGGUGAUCGACGCCUACACACGCAUCCGCACCACCAAGGACGACGAGUUCAUACGCAAGUUUGCGCUGUUCGACGAGCAGCACCGUGAGGAGAUGAGGAAGGAGCGGCGGCGCAUCCAGGAGCAGCUGAGGCGUCUCAAGCGCAACCAGGAGAAAGACAAAUUCAAGGGCCCGCCGGAGAAGAAGGCAAAGAAAGUCAAGGAGCGCCCUGACCUCAAGUUGAAGUGUGGUGCUUGCGGGGCCAUAGGCCACAUGCGCACAAACAAGUUCUGCCCACUAUACUACCAGACCAAUGCUCCGCCCUCGAACCCAGUUGCCAUGACAGAGGAGCAGGAGGAGGAGCUGGAGAAGACUGUCAUCCACAAUGACAACGAGGAGCUGAUUAAGGUGGAGGGUACCAAGAUCGUCCUGGGCAAGCAGCUCAUUGAGAGUGCUGACGAGGUGCGCCGGAAGUCACUGGUGCUGAAAUUCCCCAAACAGCAGCUUCCCCCCAAGAAGAAGAGGCGUGUGGGGACCACGGUGCACUGCGACUACCUCAAUCGGCCACACAAGUCCAUCCACAGACGCAGAACAGACCCCAUGGUCACCCUGUCCUCAGUACUGGAAGGCAUCAUCAAUGACAUGCGGGAUCACCCCAAUACAUACCCGUUCCACACGCCAGUCAAUGCCAAGGUGGUGAAGGACUAUUACAAGAUUAUCACGCGACCCAUGGACCUGCAGACACUGCGGGAGAACGUUCGCAAGCGCAUGUACCCGUCGCGUGAGGAGUUCCGGGAGAGCGUGGAGCUCAUCGUCAAAAACAGCAUCACCUAUAAUGGGGCGAAACACCCUCUGACUCAGGUGGCUCAGUCCAUGCUGGACCUGUGUGAUGAGAAGCUGAAAGAGAAGGAGGACAGGCUGGUGAGGCUGGAGAAAGCCAUUAACCCCCUCCUGGACGAUGAUGAUCAGGUGGCCUUUUCCUUCAUCUUGGACAACAUCGUUACGCAGAAGAUGAUGGCCGUGCCUGAUUCAUGGCCCUUCCACCACCCAGUGAACAAGAAGUUUGUCCCAGAUUAUUACAAAGUGAUUGCCAAUCCCAUGGACCUGGAGAACAUCCGCAAGAAUAUAUCCAAACACAAGUACCAGAACCGGGAGGUCUUCCUUAAUGACGUCAGCCUCAUCCAUACCAAUAGUGUGAAGUAUAAUGGUCCGGACAGCCCUUACACCAAGACAGCCCUGGAGAUCGUCAAUGUGUGCAAGCAGACCCUGGCAGAGUACGACGAGCACCUGACUCAGCUGGAGAAAGACAUCUCCACGGCCAAGGAGGCAGCCCUGGACGCGGCUGACCUGGAGAGCCUCGACCCCAUGACUCCCGGACCCUACACACCACAGCCUCCUGACCUUUACGACAGCAGCACCUCUAUGAGCCUGCACAGGGAGGCCAGCCUGUUUGCUGAUGGCCCUCCUGGCGCAGCCCCCGACAAGAGGGGGGCGCAGGGUCGCCAUGGGCGCGGGAGGCUGGGUGAAGAGGAGUCGGACGUGGACAUCGAAGGGUUCGAGGAGGAUGAAGACGGCAAGCCCAAGACCCCGGCUCCUGCAGAGGAUGGUGAGGGUGACCUAGACGAUGAAGAGGAUGAUGAGGAGAUGCUGUUGCCGCCAAGGAGACGGGUGCAUGGCCAUGAAGACGAGGAUGAUGAGGAGGAUGAAGGCACCAGCCGUCCAGCCCAGGCCAGUGUGCUGUACCAAGAUCUGCUCAUGUCAGAUGGGGAGGAUGACGCCAGUGAAGAGGAGGGGGACAACCCUUUCUCCUCAAUCCACCUAUCGGAGAGCGGCAGUGACUCAGACAGGGAGCUGGAGCCUCGGGGGGCGCCACCCAGAGGCCACCAGGAGACGGCGCGCAUGGGGAUGGAGCAGGAUGAAAGCAUGAUGUCGUAUGAGGGCGAGGGGCCAGACGAGGGUCAGAUGGAGGACAGUAAUGUCAGCUAUGGCAGCUAUGAUGAAGUAGAUCAGAGCCAGAGACAAGCCUCCAGCCUGGGCAAUGGAGAGGGAUACGGAAUGAGUGAGGAGGAAGAAGAGGAGGAAGAGGAGGAAGAAGAAGGCGGGAACAGGAGACGGGGCCCCAGUGUGCUGUCUCAGGUCCAACUGAGCGAGGACGAGGAGGACAGUGAGGAGUUCAGGUCCAUCGGGGGGGACAGCGACAUGGACUCGGACACGUAGAAGGAAUCCAAACCUCUGAACUGCUGUGAUGUCACAUAGAAGUGCUGCAUUGCACAUAAUCAGAACUUUCUCGUCAGUGACCUCACACUCACUCCAAAUAUUACCCCACCUUCAGCCCACAUUUGUUUCUCGUUGUAUACAGUUUUGUAUUGUGCAUUAUUAAGACCACAGGGAAGUGUCUCUGCUUUAUAUGAACAGGCUGUGUUUGUGGGCCAUUUUUGUGCUGUGGUUUAUUUUAGGUUUAGGUGUCUUCAAGGACCCUAAAUGUAGCCUGUGCAUUUUUUUAUGGCUAAAGUUAAUGUGGGUAAAUCCCGUCAUGUAUUCUGUAAAUAUUAAAAGAAUACUCAAUUAAAAUGGUUAUGAUAUGUAUAGGCAGAUGACUCCAUAUUUGAUCCUCAGAACAUGUAAUCCUUCUUUACCUCUGGCCAUCAGGUGGAAGUAGUGGGAUGGUGUAUUUUCUAUGGAAGACAUAUACCCAACAAUGGAAUUGGGUAUAUUUAUGAUCAUAAAUGUGAGUAAAUGUCUGUUGUACAUAGAAUCUGUUCUCAGCAAUGAGAGAAAUCUUUACACAUUCCAUAAAUGAAGAAACCAGCUUCCAACAUUUGGCCUGCAUCUUAAGUUGACGAGAAACCUUUUCGGACUAUUGCCGUAACAUAUAAUAGAUGUUUCAAGCUUUGUAACAUACUUUGUCAACAUAAUUAUUACACACUGAGAUGCAGAUGUCUCAUCUUUACUUUAUGUAAAGGAAGCAUACAUUUGUUUUUUUGUUUUUUUUCUCCCCAGAAUGUCUGCCCAUUAGUCCUAGCAGGGUUUCCCCUGUUUUUUUUUAAUCAAAUGUAGCUCAGAGAGUAAGGCCCUCCAUUCUUGAAAUCUUACAUGCUGCUGCUGUGUUUGACUUGCUGAAUCUAGAUGGGACAGGUAUUUGAGCAUUCAACUUUUUCGUGAUAAAAAAAAAAACCUUUAAUCAAGUUGCCCGAAGUCUGAAAUGCCUGCAAUCAACUUAGCUGUGUCUCACAUGCUUUUCAGUUAAGGUUUCCCUAUCAAAUUACAGGCUGAGUCACAUGCUGUGAGGCCAGUGACAGCAGCUAUCAAGCAGGGUGAAAUGUUUCAUCAUUGGAGCUAUUGUAUUUUGAACUGCACUAUACAUGUAUGCAUGCAUAUGUCCUGAGAAUCUCCUAGGACUUGAGGACAUACACUGGGGUCCAAAAUUAUUGGGGCAUCUGGGCAUUU